UCUGCGCACUUGGAGAAAACAGCCUGCACAUACAACAUCUUGCAGAGACGUCACAAUGAGCACAGACGGGCAAGUUAUCAAAUGCAAGGCAGCAGUAGCCUGGGAGGCUGGCAAGCCCUUUAGUAUUGAGGAAAUAGAAGUUGCUCCUCCAAAGGAUCAUGAAGUUCGGAUAAAGAUCGUUGCCACAGGAGUGUGCAGGACUGAUGCUCAUGCCGUGAGUACUCAUUUUAAGGAAGGUUUGUUCCCUGUAAUCCUUGGCCAUGAAGGGGCUGGAAUCGUGGAAAGUGUUGGACCAGGUGUCACAAAAUUUAAACCAGGUGACAAAGUCAUCCCUCUGUAUAUCCCACAAUGUGGGGAAUGCAAAUUCUGUCUCAGUCCCAAAACCAAUAUUUGUCAAAAGAUCAGCAAAAUUAAAACUGCCAUCUCUGAUCAAGAUUUUAUGGCUGAUAACACAAGCCGGUUUAGCUGCAAGGGGAAGCAGUUAUACCAUUUCAUGGGGACCAGCACUUUUUCUGAAUACACAGUUUGUGCUGAAACAUCCGUGGCCAAAAUUGAUGAUGCGGCCCCUCUGGAUAAAGUCUGUUUGAUUGGCUGUGGGUUUUCAACUGGCUAUGGUGCAGCUAUCAACACAGCUAAGGUUGAGCCUGGCUCCUCAUGUGCCGUCUUUGGUUUGGGUGGAGUUGGCCUCUCCGCUGUCAUGGGAUGCAAAGCAGCUGGAGCAACUCGCAUCAUUGGCAUUGACAUCAACAAAGACAAAUUUCCAAAGGCACUGGAGCUUGGAGCUACUGAAUGCAUCAGUCCAAAUGACUAUGACAAGACUAUCCAGCAGGUGAUAGCUGAAAUGACCAAUGGUGGGGUGGACUUUGCUAUUGAGUGUAUUGGAAUUAUUGAUGUCAUGAAAGCAGCACUGGAGUGCACCACAGUAGGAUGGGGAACGUGUGCAAUUGUUGGUGUUUCACUGGCAGAAGAGGGUAUACCAGUUGCUCCAUUCCAGCUGAUAAUGGGACGUACCUUGCGAGCCACAUUUUUCGGAGGUUGGAAGAGUGUGGACAAUGUUCCAAAGCUGGUAGCUGACUACCUAGCUAAAAAAUUUGACUUGGAUGCAUUGGUGACAUACACUUUGCCAUUUGAUGAAAUUAACAAAGCUUUUGACCUCAUGCGUGAAGGAAAAAGCAUCCGAACAGUGCUGGUGUUCUAAAUGUGAGAACCUUGGAAUCCAUUGAGAAGCAUAUCUACUAAUAAUGUGCAGCUUUACCAUUUUAAAUUACAGAGAAUU